CGUCUGUGUGUGCGUAUGUGUAUGCCUAUCUAUCGCCUGUCGAAUAGCGUCGCCGUAUGCCUCGAUGGGAUGAGUGCAUCUAUGUGACUGACUGCCCGGCUUUCUGUAUUGCUGGUUUGUCUGUCUUUCUUUCUUACUGUCUCAUCUCGCAUGGGGCGAGGACACACAGACACACACAGACACACGCCACACACACGCGUACGGCGGCCGUGAGAGAAGGACACAGAGACAUCGCCAUAUGAUCUGCUGAGUGACGGAAUGACGGACUGACUCGCCGACAACCAGACAUUUGAAGUGCACAAGUCACGGAGGGCCGAGCGCCUUGAGAACCUUCUUCAACCACCAUUCAUUGGGCUGACAGACAAAGAAAAGGAAGGCCACAACGGUACGGCGGAAGCAAGCGCACACGCCCACACCCACGAGCUUGCGUCGCCGGGCUGGUAGAAGUGAGCAUCGGUCUUGACGUAGCGCCUGAAUGAACAGUCAGUUCUCACACAAGACAAACAGCCAUCCACUCGUUCCUGACUUCAUGGCGAUGCCGGCGAAUGUUUGAAGGGCCCACUUGAUCAUGCACGAGUGAACAUACAGGCUCGCAAACCUGGAAAGACAGAGACACGAACGAAGUGCCACCUCCCAGUGAAAACGUCUCUCCCUCCUUCCCUUCCUUUCUCUCUCUCUCUCUCUCUCUCUCUCUCUCUCACUCACCGAUAGAGCGAGCUGACUUGUGGGACGGGAUCCUUGCCGUCUCUUUCGCCUUCCCCAUCGACCGGUUCGGUGCCGUUGCUCUGCAGCAGGCGAGGCGCCAGCCCGUCGGCUGUGUGUCGACUUGCCAUCAGACGCCCUCUGAGCUUCCGCGCAGGAGGAUUUGACGAUGCCGUCCCAUCCCCCGAUAUGUCGACCUGCAAGCCGCACACCUGGAUAGCUACGAAGGCAUGACGAGACACCACCUGCAUAGACAUUUUGUGUCUCGCCCAUACACAUGUUCAGGCGAGGCGAGUUCCUUUCCCGGUGGGCUGCGGUAGAAGCCGCUGCUUUUGAGGAAGGCCUGGUCGUUGCACCGCCACACGAGCUUCUCUCGGCGCCUGUCUUGGCAUCAGUGCACCAGGUGUGGUACAUGCGGCAGUUCUUAACCAUGUUGAAGUCCUUCGAGUCAAGGUUGUCCUGCCACGACUGCACACAGCUGGACAAGAGGAAGAAAAAGAGACAGACAGACACACGAAUGGAUGCAUUCGUGGCACACGAAUGGAUGCAUUCGUGGGUCUGUCUGUUGCCGGCGGUUUCGUCCACUUUUGAUGAGGUUACUUACAAUUGUGCGAGGGAGAGGCACUGUGACAUGGCGAGUGACAGGCCCUGGAUGACGUGCAGCAGCUUGAGAAAAGGCGGGAUGGACUUGCAGCUCCAACCCAGCCAACGAUCCAAACACGCUGUGCGCACAACGCCCCAAUCACACAGUUGCUGGCCGGUGACAUCGUGUCCAUUCCCUCACAUGCGCUGGCGAAGUCUUUGGUGCGAUAGUUGGAGAACCGACGGAACACUCUGAGAGGGAGAGAGACAAGAGGAGAGGCAGAGAGGGGGGCAAAUGGACAGGCAUGCCAAUGUUGGUUGGUCAUCGGCGUGGAUGCAUACAUACAGCAUGAUGAUGUAGAAGAAGACGGCUUUGCACACGAGAGACACCCACGUGAAGAGCACCAGAAUGUGCAAGAACGACGUGUCGCCCAUCGGACA